AUGCUCAAGGAGCGCACCUUGGGCAACAGCGUCUCUCGCCUCCGUGCCUCCCUGGUGGAGCAGCACUCCAGGGACUGGAUGCAGCGCUCCAUCGCCUACCUGUCUGUGCUCCGCAAGCUGAGGGGACCCGGAGCGGCCCGGAAGGACGACGUGUCCCUGCCGACCUUCGCAAGGCUGGACGAGACCAAGGCCAGGGUGAUGUCGAUCUUCGGAGACAUCCUAAAGAUGGACUCCACCAAGAAGAUCGCCAAAAAGCUUGCGGGCGCCGCCGCCGGUUCUGCCGCCUGGAUGACCAACGUUGGCAACGAGUACGGGCAGGUGCUCGUGUCCGUUCUCACCUCGGCCGAGGGGGAGGGACUGACCAACAUGGCGGCCGGCCUGAUGCGGCGGUACCGGGAAGCCGGGAAGGCCCGUCCGAGGGUCCUGUAUGUGGACCGGGACUGCUGUGCCGCCGUGGGCAAUUCUGCCACGCACGGCAUGUACCACGAGUGGCAGGAGCUGGUGGUGCGGCUGGACGUGUGGCACCUCAUGCGGCGCUUCGCGAGGGGCGUCACCACCGACAGCCACCAGCUCUACGGCCUCUUCAUGGACCCAGAGGGGGUGGAGCUGUACACCAAGACGGGAGAGAUCACCAAGGGUGGUGUGAGGCUCCCCGUCUUCCGGUGCGCUCGCGGCUCCACCUCCCUCGAGUCCUUCCACCUGCACCAGUGCCGCUUCGUUCCGGGUACCACCUCUAGGGAACUCUUGGGGGAGGAGUACCUGUACUCCCAGUCGGGCGCUGUGCUGCAGCCGGAUCCCGACCCUCUGGAUGGGGCCGAGGAGGAAGAGGCCCCCGCCGAUGACGGCUUCGAGGAGGAGGAGCAGCCGAAGGAGGAGCCAGAGGAGAUCCGUCUCCUGGCACACCACAGCGCCCUGCUCCAGGAGCCCUGCGGUGUGCUCCAGGUCGAUGCCACCUUGGGAUCGCCCCUUUCCGAGGUGGAGGAGGAGGAAGUGAGUGGCAGUCGCCUGUCCACAUUUCAUAUCGGCCGCGGUGUUUGCGUGCGGCGUCUCAUCGUGUGCCGUGUGUGCGUUUUCUUUCAGGACGUCGUCGGGCCGGACGGUCAGCCCGGGUACCACCACGCGGUGGCCCUGGCCCACGGCCUCGUGGAGCUGCGUCACCACGCCUUCGUCACCGCCCGUCAGACCAGAGGCAUCAUCGCUCUCUGGGAGAGGCUGACGGAGCGGGACAAGGCGCCGGUGACCUUCCCCCCCCGCCACCAGGACCGGCUGGCUAAAGGUCGGUUCAAGACCAGCAACCGCCACGCCCACAUCCCGGGAGUGGACAGUGUGAAGCGUGUCGUCGUGGGUAAGGGUGCGGGAGCGGCACAGUACCCAAGCCUCAGCAGGGUCGUCGAGGCCAUCAUGUUGGAGCUGUGCCGCGUCCACAGCGGCGACGCCAAGACCAUCGCCGGGGCACGCCUCAACCGCUGGGGUGCCGUCAUGAGGGACUACAAAUUGAUCCAGGACAACGUGGUCAACUGUCCUGCCCUCAUGGCGAGCACCCGCAUCCAGCUGUACGACGUGAACCAGCGGACCCUGUCCAUGUGGCAAAACACCAGGGAAAAAAGCAUGAUGAGGGACACCCUCUCCCUCGCAGUCCCGGGGCCCAGCGCUCCCCAGACUGCAGCGGAGCCCCUGUCGGCCCCACGGACUCUGCUGCAGCAGCCCCAGCAGCCAGACCAGCCCCUCCAGCACCGCCUGCCCGCGGAUGCCUCUGGUCUGGCUGCAACGAUCAGAGGGCCGCUGGCCCCGGAGCUCUACGACCUCGUCGUGAAGCAGCAGAGUGCCGCCGCCACCGCCGCCGCCGCCACCGCCCCCCCGGACCUCAGCCCGCUCUCAGCCGCGGCCACCGCUCCAGCCAUUGCCGCUCCGGCCGUCGCCAUUGGUGGAGCCAUGUCCCGCACCACUGCCUGGAGGCACAGGGUCCUGGAGGAGAAGGAGCGUCGUGCCCGUGGGCCGACGGAGGAACGGUGGAGCAGUGGCGCCGUGAUCGGCUGA